AUGGGCUGCGUUGGUUAUAUUCUGUUCCUCACCAUCGCCAUCGUAGCCGUUACGGUAGAGGCGUUUUGCCUGGCGAAUGGAGAGUGCCCGCCGGGGCAUGACUGCGUUGAUUUGCAUUGUGUGAAACAGGAACCGUGCCACGAUCGACACGAUUGUCCUGACUUCCAUGUGUCUGUUCAACCGCUGUGUGCUGCCGCGCCCUCGUUGCGGUGUGGUGCGGUGCAGCCAGGGAGAGCACUGCUGCCAUCACCCGCAACACCCAGAAAUCACGUAUUGCGCGCCGAAUGCAACACAAAGAUUGCGGCGAUUGGCACUUCUGCAACGUGGCCAACCGUUGUGAGCCCAAGCAGA